AUGAAUGAGAUUAAUGAUGAUACUAACAAAGUACUACAAGAAUUAAUUCAAUGUCCAAUAUGUCUAAGACGAAUGCAUCAAGAAGUUUUUGUCAAACAUCCAAAUGUUUGUCGUAAAAGUCCUGCAAAUAAACGAAAUGUACAUACAUUUGAUAUGACACAAUAUCGUUCUGUAAGAGCAGGUGAAAAAAUUAUACCAGUACAUGAAAUAAAACCAUUUAAAAACGAUAAAUCUAGCAAUAUCAACGUACGACCUUCUCAAACACGAAGUGUUAAACGUGAGCGUCGUUCAGAUACUUUCAUACCACCUGUUAUCGACAAUUUCUGUUGUCCAAUAUGUAAACGUAAAUUUUGUGAAAAAGCUUAUGAUCGUCAUGUAGCAUUUUGUACAAGUAAAAUAAAACAAAUUCAACAACCACCUUCUGAAGAAAUACUUCUUGCUCGACUUCGACUUACUCGACGAAUUAAAUUCAAUUCAAAUCAAAUUUCUUCAACAUCUCUAAUUAACAAACAAUCAAUAAAACAAAAAAUCAUUACUUGCACCUAA